GUCUCCGGGGCGGGGUCUAGAGCAGGAGGUGUGCGUUUAGGAGGUGUGCGUUUUUGUUUUUCCCAUCCUUUCUCCCCUCCGCUUGCUCUCACGGUAUUCGCUGAGGGUGAAGAAGGAAAUACCUGAUACAGAUUAAGCAGACGGAAACAAAGUGGGAAACCACCGCAGCGCGCGGCGCGUCCCGGAGCUCCCGAGACGCGUGCGGGAACCCGGGCCCGGGGGCGUGGUCAGAGGCGGGGCCGGGGCGGGACUGCGGUUGCGGUCCCUGCGCCCGCGGCGGCGGAGGCGCGGGCGGUGGCGAGCGAUAUCUCAGGAGUAUUCAGCUAAUGUGACGGUUGGGAUGCCGUGAUGUCGACUCUCUGCCCGCCGCCAUCUCCAGCUGUUGCCAAAACAGAGAUUGCUUUAAGUGGUGAAUCCCCUUUAUUAGCAGCGACCUUUGCAUACUGGGACAAUAUUCUUGGUCCUAGAGUAAGGCACAUUUGGGCUCCAAAGACAGAGCAGGUACUUCUCAGCGAUGGCGAAAUAACUUUUCUUGCCAACCACACUCUAAAUGGAGAAAUCCUUCGAAACGCAGAGAGUGGUGCUAUAGAUGUAAAGUUUUUUGUUUUGUCUGAAAAAGGAGUGAUUAUCGUUUCAUUAAUCUUUGAUGGAAACUGGAAUGGGGAUCGGAGCACAUAUGGACUAUCAAUUAUACUUCCACAAACGGAACUUAGCUUCUACCUCCCACUUCACAGAGUGUGUGUUGAUAGAUUAACACAUAUUAUCCGGAAAGGAAGGAUAUGGAUGCAUAAGGAAAGGCAAGAAAAUGUCCAGAAGAUUGUCUUAGAAGGCACAGAGAGAAUGGAAGAUCAGGGUCAGAGUAUUAUUCCAAUGCUUACUGGGGAAGUGAUUCCUGUGAUGGAACUGCUUUCAUCCAUGAAAUCACACAGUGUUCCUGAAGAAAUAGAUAUAGCUGAUACAGUACUCAAUGAUGAUGAUAUUGGUGACAGCUGUCAUGAAGGCUUUCUUCUCAAUGCCAUCAGCUCGCACUUGCAGACCUGUGGCUGUUCUGUUGUCGUAGGUAGCAGUGCAGAGAAAGUAAAUAAGAUAGUGAGAACCUUAUGCCUUUUUCUGACUCCAGCAGAGAGAAAAUGCUCCAGAUUAUGCGAAGCAGAAUCAUCAUUUAAAUAUGAGUCAGGGCUCUUUGUACAAGGCCUGCUAAAGGAUUCAACUGGAAGCUUUGUGCUCCCUUUCCGGCAAGUCAUGUACGCUCCGUAUCCCACCACACACAUAGAUGUGGAUGUCAAUACUGUCAAGCAGAUGCCACCCUGUCACGAACAUAUUUAUAAUCAGCGUAGAUACAUGAGAUCAGAGCUGACAGCAUUUUGGAGAGCCACUUCGGAAGAGGACAUGACUCAGGAUACGAUCAUCUACACAGAUGAAAGCUUCACUCCUGAUUUGAAUAUUUUUCAAGAUGUGUUACACAGAGACACUCUAGUAAAAGCCUUCCUGGAUCAGGUCUUUCAGUUGCAACCUGGUUUCUCUCUCAGGAGUACUUUCCUUGCACAGUUUCUGCUUGUCCUUCAUAGAAAAGCCUUGACACUAAUAAAAUACAUAGAAGAUGAUACGCAGAAGGGAAAAAAGCCCUUUAAAUCUCUUCGGAACCUGAAGAUAGACCUUGAUUUAACAGCAGAGGGCGAUCUUAACAUAAUAAUGGCUCUAGCUGAGAAAAUUAAACCAGGCCUACAUUCUUUUAUCUUUGGAAGACCUUUCUACACUAGUGUGCAAGAGCGAGAUGUUCUAAUGACUUUUUAAAUGUGUAACUUGACAAGUAUAUUUCAUCACAAUCAUGAUUGCUGCUAAAGUAGCUCAGUGGUUUGGGGAAACAUCCUUUCCCCAGGUCAUGCCGCCAGAGUUCUACUCAGCAAUUGCAGUUAAAGCCAGUUACACUACAGUUGUCACGAGAGUCUGUAAGGGGAUGUCAGGUGCAUCGUUACAAUGGAUGUCUCUUCUCCUAAAUUUACUCUCUUGGGAUACAGGCUUAUGUUUACAAUUAUAAUAAAUACUCUUGCUGUCUUUUAAAGAUAUACUAAUAGGAUGUAAACUUGACCACAACUACUGUUUUUUGAAACUUACGAUUCAUAGUUUACAUGUAUCAAAGUGAAAUCUGAGUUAUCUUUCACAGGUUUAAUACUAGUUGACCUUCCAUCUUUUGGUGUUCCUGGGUGUUUGGGAUUACUGUAAUACUUCUGCAAUCACCUGAAAAUAAGAGCAUUUAAAUCAUUGCAGUUCUACAGAAAAGAAGUUAGCUUAAACAUAGGUUGAGCUUUAGAAAGAAAAUAUUAAUCAAGCAGAUGUUUAAUUGAAAUGAAUUAUUAGAUCCUACUUUAUAGACUUAGUCCUUGGAAUUCAGUCUGUGUAGAAAUGCCAAGCAGUUGUGUACAGUCCCUGAUUAUGGGGACCCACAGUCAGGGUGUCUUUUGUUUGUUUUAUUGUUACUGCUGUUGUCAAUAUCCUAUAUAGUUGAGCUCUGUCCAGGAAAAUAUAGGAAAUUGUAUUUUAUGUUUUACUAGUUGUUGCCAACUUUUUAAGUUAAUUUGCAUUAUUUUUGAGCCAAAUUGAAAUGUGCACCUCCUGUGCCUUUUUUUUUCCUUUGGAAAAUAUAAUUACUUGGAAGAAGUUCAGCUUUCACUGGUCAGUCAUUUCCAUCUUGUCCAUCUUGCAGAGUCUUACCAUGUACCUGAUUAGGCAAUCACUAUAACUGAGAUUAUAAAAUGCAUUAGAGAAUAUACUAACAAGAUCCUUUUUAAGGAACAUAAAACAGUUCCUUAUCUUCUUCCCUGUUAUAUCUCUGCCCAUUUUUGAAGUUGUUGCCAGGUUGCCUGCAUCACAUAAAGAGUAGCAGGAGAAACUUUACUAAAGUGCUAUUUUUCUAGGUGCUACUUUGGCAGAACUUAGUGGUCUGUUUCAUUUGUUUCCUUAAUUUGUUUGGACCAUUUUGUUGGCUGUGAAAUAACUGAUUAACAUAAUUCUUUGCUAAAACCAUGUUGACAUAGUAGUGUACACAAACACAAAUAUUUUUUAUUUAAAACUGUGGAAGUAACUUGAAAGGGAAAAUAUAUUUAUAAAAAAGGGAUAAAGUGAUAGAGCCCUUCUGCCCUAUCCCACCAAAUUUAAUGAAAAGACACAUUCUAUUCUGAAAGGUCAUAAUAGCUUUCACAUCAUGAAUCAGAAAGAUAUAGACAUCUUGAUUUUUAAAUAAACAUUGAACUAGAUGACUGAUAAACUAUAACUCAGUCAUGAAAAAAUAUAUAGAUAUCACCUUGUAGUGUCCCAUACUCAAUGCUUCGUAUACAAGAGAUUCUUAUUUAUAUAAGUGCUCUUUUCUUUUGCUGGUUUAUUGUACUGUCAUAUGGAAUGUAAAUUGUACAGUGAAAUAAGUUAUUAAAGCAUGUGUAAACAUUGUUAUAUAUCUUUUCUCCUAGAAGGGGAAUUUUGAAUAAAAUAUCUUUGAAAUUUU